AUGCGGGUCCCGGUGCUGCUCUGUGCCCUGGCCCUGCUCCGCAUGGGAUGCGCGCACCCCCGCGCCCCUCCGCGCUGCCCCGCGCUGAUGCUGCAGCUCCUGCGCGCACCCCCCGCUCCGCUCCGCGCUGCCGCCGCCGCUGCCCUCAGCCUCUCCCCGCACGGCUCGGUGCAGAGCGGCUCCCAUUGGGCUCUCUCGUUUGACAUGUCCUCGCUGUCCAGCAGCCAGGAGGUGAACCUGGCCGAGCUCCGCAUCCUCCUGCCCCGGCUCUCCCUUCCCCACAACGUGUCCCUGGAUAUCUACCACAGCCGGCGGUGCCGGGACACCGGCUCCUGCCCUCCCCAGCUCCUCCUGGGCUCCGUGUCUGGGAGCCCCGCUUCCAUCCAGGCCCCUUGGAAGGUGUUUGAGGUCACCGCUCUGCUCCGCUCCUGGCUGCACCAAGGCACAGCCCCUGGGUACCACAUGGGAGCGGAGCAGUGGGAUGCGGGUGAUCCGGAUGCCACCCCGAUGCCCUCACCCACCUUGAGCGAUGCCGGCCAUGGGGAUGCGAUGGACAGAGCCCUGCUGCUCGUGUUCUCCAAGGAUAAAUCACCGGGAGAGCACAGCCUCAUCAGGACAGCGGAGACCUCCAAGCACGUCAUGCGGGAGAGCAUCAACCAGGGCAGCAUCCCAGGGAUGCGCCGGCAUCGCCGCACCAGGAAGGAGAAGCAAAGGAUCAAAGGGAGCGAUGCUGGUGCUGCCGUGGGGGGUGAGGAGGGCAGGUCCCUGUGCAGGAGGGUGGAUAUGAUGGUGGACUUCGAGCAGACGGGCUGGGGCAGCUGGAUUGUGUACCCCAAGAAGUACAACGCGUACCGGUGUGAAGGGCAGUGCCCAUCGCCCGUGGAUGAGACCUUCAAGCCCACCAACCAUGCGUACAUACAGAGUUUGCUGCAGCUCUACAAGCCCAACCAUGUGCCGUGCCCCGUGUGCUCCCCGGUCAGGAUGAGUCCCCUCUCUAUGCUCUACUAUGAGAAGGGGGAAAUCGUCGUCCGCCACCACGAGGACAUGAUCAUCGAGGAGUGUGGCUGCAACUGA